AUGAUGAUGCCGUGGGGCUUAGCCACCGAGGACCUGCCAAUCUUUGGGACGAGUCCAGUUGAUACACUAUUUGAUCCAUGUCCUGCCCAGAAACCAAGCCCGAGCUGGCAGCAUCUCUUGGAUCUAAGUCCAGGAAGCCAUGUGGUAUCUGAAGCUUCGGCAUCGAACAUUGGCAAUCGGGACUCGCUGCGUUUUCUAGACAAAUUCACCAGCAACACCGGCCUAGUCAUGAGUUUUGACUGUGGCACACAUGAGCAACGAGAACGAGUGGCUGCCAGCAUAGAGCGGGAAUUCCUGUCGCAAGUCCCUCAAGCAACCCAAGCAACUAUAUCCAGCUUCGAUUUACUGCCAGACUUUGGCUCGGUCAUCCCAUCUUUUUCAAUACUAGAAGAUACCAGUAAUGACAGCCUCAAGGAUGAAUUUCCACUGGACUGGUUGAACGAUCCACUCUCAUUAAAGACACAUGAGAUUCUUCUAUUAAUUGAAGAAGUGGUAAUGGUAAAGCCUCGCAACAGCUCUGUCACGCUAGAUUGGUCCCCAGCACUGAAAGAUGCAUGCUUACAUUUCUUUUCACCCCCGAAUUUGAGGAGGUUCUUGGGCUUUUACUGGGCAAUAUGGCAUCCUAAUGUGAACUUUGUGCACCGGCCUACUUUCGACCCACUAGCAGCGAAGCCGACAGUUUUGGCAGCAAUGGCCCUGAUAGGUGCCUGUGUUUCACCUGACAUGCUGGACAAUGAAGAUGCGCGAACUUGGCUCAACUGCGUUGAAGAGAUGGUCUUUAUCGACGACGACUUCAAUAGUGAACUGAGCUAUUCACCUUCUGGGGGCAUGGCCAACCAGAAGCGAAAGAUACAGGCUUUGCAGGCCGCUUAUAUAGUGUGCCUCUAUCAAAACUGGGAGGGCACGGAUGCGAGUAAAAGCCGCAUUCGACGCUAUCGCUUUGCGACUCUUGUUUCUACCGCACGAGAUAUUGGCAUUGCAACUGCAAGGCAUCAAAUCUAUAGUGAGCAAGGACGGCCCGAGUUUGAAUGGAGAGAAUUUGCAGCUAAAGAGGAGCUCAUACGAGUCUUUACUUGGAUAUUCCUACUCGACACGGCAUUUGUGAUUUUCAACAAUCUGCCGCCACGUAUGGUGAUAAAAGAAAUGAGAAUGCACAUGGCAAUGCCGGAAACCUGCUUCCAAGCCACGACAGCAGACCAAUGCCACCAGCAAAUCCAGUUCUCAUUGCCUACACAAAGCUUGUAUUGGAAAGUCUCAUUCCGUGGGGCGUUCGAAUCCCUGUGCAAAGACAACCUCUCCUUCGAAUUGCGCCACACGGUUUCUUCUCUCGGCCCGUUGGUUCUAUUUGCAUUAGCCUCCGCCAUCCACUCUCAAAUAUUCCAAUUCCGCAGCGCAGUGGGAAGUUUUCAGCUGCUCACUCCGAUAAGCAACGCCCUUAGCAACUGGCGCGAUAUCUGGCUGUCGUUCUCAUCGAUAUCCUGCCUAGGGAUCCUUCCAUUUAUUACCAUAGAAGAUAGCCAUAUUGAGCCUGAAAACCUGUGGAGAAGAAUGGGGUUCUGCCGCUACGCCCCUGAAUACUGGCUCUUGGCCAACCUGAUGGCAGACCGACUGGCUGUACUCGGUACAUCACAGCCGGAGAGUGAAUUGGAGCUACUGGAUGAGGGACCGCUUGAUCCAAUCUUGAAUCAUUAUGAUCAGACUAGCAUGCGGCAAGUCAAUGACCUUAUUACGGGAUUUCAGACAUUUCAGAUUUGA